AUGGAGCCCAGCAGCGCGGCGCAGCCCAGGGCCGCCGGGUCCCCGGCCCACGCGUGCCUGGCGGCCACGCCAGCGCCGCCCUCGGAGCGGGACGAGCUCAGCAGCCCCAGCCAGUCCUGGAGGUCCUCGGCGCAGUCCUCCGCCGCCGGCCCCGAGGGCGCGCCCGGCAGCUCCAUGGCCCGACCGCGGCGCGUGGGGCCGCUGGCGCUGGCGCCGGCCCCCGAGCCCAAGCCGCUGCGCCUGCGGCCCGCCUCGCUGCGCACCCAGGACGUUUCGCACCUGCUCGCGGGCGUCUUCCGCGGGCUGUACUCGGGGGAGGUGAUCGGCGAGGACCUGAGCGCCAGCCUCAUCAAGGGCCGCGGCAGCGAGAACCCGCGCCACGAGGCGUUCGUGGAGCAGCUGCGGCAGAUCCGGGAGAUCUACAAGCAGCGGCUGGGCGAGAUCGAGAUGCUGGAGCGACACAUCAUCCAGGCCCGCGCCCGGGCCCUGGCCGAGAUGGAGCGGGCGGUGAACCAGGCCAAAGUGCAGGCCCACGAGGUCCCCGUCAGGCUGCCUCCAGUGAAGACCGCGUUCCGGUGGUGCGUGGACAGCGAGCUGCUGCGGGAGCGUCACCUGAUCUGCCCGGAGGACUACUGUGACCAGACAGUGCCGUUUUGCUCUGCACCCAGAGGCACCGUCCUCCCCGGCUACUCCAGACCGACGUUUAGUUUUGAGAUGCGUUCCAUGCCGAAGAAAAGCCUCACCAGGAAGCUCAACGCUCCGUGCCGGCAGCUGCUGGCCGCGCCUGAGGAGGAGCUAGACUACACCGUGGACAGCGACACGUGGGACUCGACUUCCAAGGCCAGACAGAGGGCCAGGGACGCGGUCAAGAGCACAGAGCCCCUGAAGGGUACAAACUGGGCGAACCAACGGCGCGGGCCGCAGAGAGCGGCACAGCCGCCACCGCCUGGCAGCAGCCGGAGCUGGGACCGGAGCCGGAAGGACUUCCUGCGGAACCCGCGGUUCUCGCCCCCUGACACCCCGCACGGAGGCAGGUCUCUCAUUUUUCCUCCCAAGAAGCCUGCGCCAUCGAGAGAGCCGGAGAGCCUGCGGCCGGAGCGCAGCUGUGCCGAUACCCCGGUGUUUCUGGCCAAGCCGUCGGUGGUGUUCUUCACAGAUUAUGAAAUCGGAUCGGUCUAUGAGAUGGUCCUGGCGCUGCAGAACACCACGGCCGCCAGCCGCUACCUGCGGGUGCUCCCACCUUCCACCCCGUACUUCGCCCUGGGAUUGGGGAUGUUCCCGGGAGAAGGCGGCAUGGUAGCCCCCGGGAUGACCUGCCAGUACACCGUCCAGUUCAUGCCCGACUGCCUCGGGGACUUCGACGACUUCAUCCUGGUGGAGACCCAGUCGGCCCACACCCUCCUGAUCCCGCUGCAAGCCCGGAGGCCACCCCCGGUGCUGACACUGUCGCCGGUGUUGGACUGUGGCUACUGCCUCGUCGGGGGAGUGAAGAUGACCAAGUUCACCUGCAGGAACGUGGGCUUCAGCACGGGCAGGUUCUGCAUCGUGCCCAGGAAGGGCUGGCCGCCCACGAGCUUCAGGGCAGUGGCAGCCCCCGGCUUCGUGGAGCAGCCUCCGUUUGGAAUCCUGCCUUCCGUGUUCGAGCUGGCCCCGGGCGCCAUCACGGUGCUGGAGGUCCUGUUCCUUCCCACGAGCCUCGGCAAGGCCGAGCAGGCCUUUGUCAUCGUGUGUGACAACUGCCAGCUAAAGGAGCUGGUGACCGUAGGCGUCGGGCAGCUGGUGGCUUUGGAUCUGAUCUACGUCUCCGGCGAGAAAAGUGAGCCGGGCCCUGGAGAGCUCACAGACCUAACGGCCCAGCACUUCAUACGGUUCGAGCCCGAGAACCUCCAGGCCACAGCCAGCAAACAGCUCGUCAUCAGGAACGCCACGCACGUGGAGCUGACCUUCCACUGGCAGGUCAUGAAGCCCAACCUGCAGCCCCUGCUGCCCGGAGAGGCCUACAGCGCGGACAGCAUCAAGGCUCACCCGGACCGGGAGACCGCGUUCUCCAUCCUGCCCCGGAGGGGCACCCUCUGCCCCCACACGGACCACGAGUUCAUCCUGGAGUUCUCUCCCCAGCAGCUGGGGACCUUCCACAGUGUGCUCCAGAUGGUGCUGGAAGGAGUCCCGGAGCCCACGAGCUCGGAGGCGGAGAGCCUGGGGGACGGCAGCUGCCCCGCGGAGGACGUGGUCGUGCUGGAGGUGGAGGUGAAGGGCUCGGCGCAGCCGUUCCAGGUCCUCCUCCAGCCCUACGCCCUGCUCAUCCCCGGCGAGAGCUACAUCGGCACCAACGUGAAGAAGAGCUUCAAGAUGUGGAACAACAGCACGUCAGCCAUCAGGUACACGUGGGGCAAGAUCUGUGACUGCCACAUCAUUGAAGUGGAGCCCUGCGCCGGGCUCAUCGAGCCCAGUGAGGCAGAGGACUUCGAGCUGAGCUUCACGGGGGGCGUGCCGGGCCCCACGAGCCAGGACCUGCUGUGUGAGAUCCAGCACUCGCCCUCGCCGGUGGUGCUGCACAUUGAGGCAGCCUUCAAGGGGCCCACCCUGGUCCUCAGCGUCCCGGCCCUGCAGUUCGGGCUGCUGCGCCUGGGCCAGAAGGCCUGUGAGGACAUCCGGAUCCGGAACGUCAGCCAGCUGCCGGCCCUGUGGCACCUGCGGGAGAGCCCGGGCUGCCUGGAGGAGAGGCGGCCACAGGUGUCCCCCUUCCAAAUCGAGCCCUGCAGCGGCCAGCUGCAGCCUCUGGGGGAGUGCACGGUGACCGUCACCCUGAGGGCCACGCACUGCCAGCGCCUGCAGACCGUCCUGCAGCUGGAGGUGCAGAACGGGGCCUGGAGCUACCUCCCCGUGUACGCCGAGGUGCAGGGGCCCCACGUGUACCUGCAGAGCAGCCAGGUGGAGCUCAGCAAUCUGUUCCUGGGGGUGCCCGCCAGGGCCAUCGUCACCCUUGUCAACGGCACGCUCCUGCCCACGCGCUACCACUGGGGCAAGCUCCUGGGACAGCAGGCUGAGUUCUGCUCGUCAAGAAUCUGCCCCAGAUGCGGCCUGCUGGGCCCCAGAGAGGAGCGCCAGCUCAGGCUGGAGCUGACUACCCAGACCCAGGAGGAGCUGACCCAGCUGGCCCUCCCCUGCUACGUGGCCGGCAUGAGGAAGCCACUGGUCCUCGGCAUCUCCGGGAAACCCCAGGGCCUGCAGGUGACCAUGGCCAUCUCCACAGAGGACUCUGAAGGCAGCAGGGUUUUCAGCACACAGCAGUGGCCGGGCGACCUGGAGGAGCUGCACUUGGACUUCGGCUCGGCUGUGCCCCUGAGGACCCGCGUGAGCCGCCAGUUCAUCCUGACCAACUGCUCCCCGAUCCAGACCCCCUUCUCUCUGGAGUUCGAGUACUUCGGGUGCCCCCACGGCGAGCCGGGCAGGAAGAGCAGCGUGCCUGACGUGUCGCCUGCGCUGCUCAAGACGGCACGGAUUCAAAAGCGGCUGGUCACCCGAGAGCAGUGGGAUUUCAUGGAGAGCAUGCUGGCUCACGGGAAGGGAGCGGCCUUCUUCCCUGACAUCUCCCAGGGCAUGCUGGGAACCUACCAGCAGCUGAGCAUCGACCUCACGGGCUGUGCCAACAUGUGGGGCGAGUACUGGGACCGCCUCAUCUGCAGGGUGGGAGACCUGCCCCCGGCCAUCAUCCCCGUGCACAUGGCCGUGGUGGGCUGCCCCGUCAGCUCUCUGAGGACCACCUACUGCACCGCGGGCCUUUUCCAGGAGGAGCGCGUCAUCAGGUUCGGCACACAGAUCUCUGGAGCAAACACAGUCACCAGGGCACUUCGCCUGAAUAACUCCAGCCCCUGUGACAUCCGCCUGGACUGGGAGACCUACGUGCCGGAGGACAGGGGGGACCGGCUGCUGGAGCUGCUGGUGUUCUACGGGCCCCCCUUCCCGCUACAGGAGCGGGCGGGGAGCGAGCUCGCGUGCCCCGACACCCCUGAGAGCCGUGGCUUCUCCCCCUCCCCAAGCCUGUCGGAAGGCUCAGAAUCCAGCCACGGAGCUGCCCUGUCGGUGGCGGGCAGCUCUGGUGCCAGCAUGCCGAACAUCAUCUCGGUCGUCCUGCAGGGGCACGAGGGGGUGCCCUGUGACCACCUGUACAGCGUCAGCCCCAAGCAGGUGGUGGUCCCUGCUGGGGGCAGCAGCACCGUCCACAUCUCCUUCACACCCACUCUGCUCGGCCCCGACGUCCAGCACAGAGUGGAGUGCACCGGCUACGCGCUGGGCUUCAUGAGCUUGGACAGCGAGGUGGAAAGGGAGGUUCCGGGGAGGCGGCGGCGUCUGCAGGACUUCGCCGUGGGACCCCUGAGACUGGAGCUGCUGGGCCACGUGAGGCCGGCACAGCUGAGUUUGGAGCUGGAUCCCAGCGGGUGCGUAGAGUUCCGGUGCCAGGCCAGCGACCUCAUCCCCAAACAGCCCUGCGCAGGGGUGCUGAGCGAGCUGGUCAUCACACGUCACCUGAAGCUGACCAACACCACGGAGAUCCCACACCACUUCCGGCUCCUGGCCUCCAGGCCUUUCUCUGUCUCUCAAGACGGUGCUGGCCGAGGCCAUGGAGCCCCUGAUCCAGGCCAUGAGGAGGAGACGGUCUCAGUGAGCAAGCAGCUGGUGCUCCGGCCACAGGAGAACAUGCUGGUGCCAGUGUCCUUCUCGCUGUCCCUGGAGCUGCUCUCCUAUCAGACGCUCCCGGCCGACCAGAUGCUGCCCGGGGUGGACAUCGUGCGGAGUGCCCGCGGAGAGCGCGAGAUGGUGUUCUCGCAGAGCCUGCGCCUGGACUACGGCACGCAGAGCGCCCAGGAGGUGCCCCUGCGGGCCGUGGUGGCCGUGCCAGAGCUGCAGCUCUCCAGCAGCUGGCUGGACUUCGGCACGUGCUUUGUAAAGCAGCGGCAGGUGCGCGAGGUCUGCCUGAUGAACCUGAGCGGCUGCCGGAGCUACUGGGCCGUGCUGAUGGGGCAGCAGGAGCCGGCCAAGCACGCAGGAGCCUUCGAGGUGUCCCCGAGCACCGGCGUGCUGGAGGCGCGGCCGCACAACGGGCCCCCGACCUCCGUCAGCCUGCAGCUCCUCUUCACCGCCAGGAGCUGCGAGCUGUACCAGUGCACGCUGGUGGUAGACGGUGUGCUCGGGGAGAAGGCCUGCGCCCUGCGGCUCCAGGGCCUCGGCUCUCACGACGAGAGAUACGCGUCCUCGCUGCAGCCCUGAGGCCCGGCCCGGCCCUCCCCAGGCCCGGUUGCACCAGCUCUGCCGGGCACAGACCACGCUGGGCCCCGGGCGCCAGGGCCCCGGGCUCCGCCCCGCACUGCACAUGCCCACAGCUGCCGCGGCCCCGCCCAGCGCGGCAGAAGUCACGGCCCAGACGGCGCAGAGGCCCAGGGAGGCGAACACCGGCACAGGAGACAGCCACGGCCACAGCCCCCAGGAAGGCGACCACGUUUACUGC